AUGACGAAAUCUGUUAUGAACCCGAGUGACGCUGAUGUCCCGGAGUCACCGCUGAAUCAUUCUCGAAUAAAUAUGUCGUCCCACAUGUUACCACCAUUCAAUGGUGAUGCCAUUUUAUGGUUCGCUCAACUAGGGGCUCACUUUGAUGCAUACGGAAUUUCUCCGACGAAUCAACUGAAAUUCUUCUAUUGUAGUUUACCAACACAGCUUGCAACAUCUGCCAGAGAUCUAAUUACAUCCCCGAACCCAGACGCCACUUAUGCGUCUGUAAAGGCAGAAAUUUUGCGACGCAACACGAAGUCUGCCGAAAGCAGAUUUAAUGAGCUGAUGGCUGAUGAAGAAUUAGGCGACAGGACACCUUCAGAAUUUUUACGCCACCUUAGGGAGCUGAGCGGUGAGAGGACUGACGCCCCUCUCCUUUGUAAGAUUUUUUUCUCUCGUUUACCGUUUCACGUGCGUACAAUUUUGGCGACUGCGCUUGACGCCUACACGGUUGAUCAAGUCGCCACUAUGGCGGACAAGAUUCUUGAAUUUUCCGCUCAGCCAGCACACGGUGCCUGUCUCUCUUCUGAGGCUUCAUCAAUUGCCUCACAUAAAUCCUCUCCCUCCUAUGAUGUUUUGCUGACAAACUGGAAGAACUUACGCGUCGGGUGA